AUGGCCUUUUUCGACACACAUUGCCACUUCACCGAGGAUCUCCUUGGACACCCGGCGUCCAAGGCCACGGCCUCCGUGGCCAACCGCUGUUGCCCCGGGCACAUGAGCUUGCCCGCCGGCUGUCCCGAGGCCGGGCAGCCGGGCGACCCGUCGGCGCGGCCAUCCGCCGCUUCGGCGGCUCUGGCCACGCUGGCGGAGUCCAUCGUGUCCGACAUGUGCCUGAUGAGCUGCUCGGUGUUGGAUUGGGAUCGGGUGGCCGAAGCCGCCGACCUGGUGAGCGCCCAGGCUUCCGGCCCGCGGGCCGUGCCCUUCUUCGGGGUGCAUCCGUGGUAUGUACUCGAGAGCCUGGGCAUGGACUACCAGUGGCUGGCGCCGGCGAUCGGCACGGGCACUUCCGCUAGACAACCCCUCUUCCCGGUGGCCGCAGUGGACCUGGAAUUGGAGGCCACCGCGCCGGGCGCCUGGGCUUCGCCGCAUGCCCUGCCCCAGCUGGCCGGACUUGGCCCGGUCGCCGACAUGGCGGACCUCAUUCGCCGGGAGAAUACGGUCCUCCGGAGCCUGGCCCAGCGGCUGGAGGCUUGCCCCGGGGCUGGGGUCGGCGAGAUCGGCCUCGAUCACUUCCGUUUGCAAUUCCUGCGCGAUUCACAGAAGCACGAGCCGGAGCUGGGCAAGCUGACCGAGCUGUCAGACGACGCGGCCGCCUUUGUGGCGGCCAUCCAGCGGCGCCUUUUUGCCCGCCAACUCGCCCUGGCGGCCCAUCAGGCCCUGCAGGAGGUCCUGCUCGGGGCCCCGGACCACGCUCUGCCGCCGGGGAUCAUCCUCCACGCGUUCAGCGGCACAGCGCAAGAUGCGCGGAUCCUCUUCCAGGAUGCUCGGCUGGCCGGGCGCCUUGGCCUGUCGGUGGCCUUCUGCAUCAACGGCAAUCGCUUCGACCCGGAGAGAACCAAGCGCAUUCGCGCGGAGGCCGCUGCCGCCGGGGUUGACCCUCUGCAGCACGAGCUGGCCUUCUUCCGCCGGGCAAUUGAGCGUCACCUUCGUCCGGGCCCCGAAGAGCACCAGCCGACGGAUGAGGAUCUCCCGGAGCCGGGGUGGCUGCCGCGCAAGCUGCGCCAGGUGCUGGCCGCGGUCCCAACGUCGGCCCUCCUGGUCGAAACAGAUAGCUAUCUGCUGGAGACACUUGCAUAUGAGCCGGUCAUCCUCGCACGGCUGCUGGCGAAGGCCCUCGGCCCUGGGGACUGGGCCGACCCGGAGUUUGUCCUCCGCACCACGGCCGCCAAUGCGCGCCGACUGCUGGAGCCCAUCCUGGCAGCGGGGCGGCCGGCUGCCCAAAAAUAG